AUGGAUGUGUUAACAGACAGCAGUCUCACAUUGAUCGUGAAGACUUCAGAACCAGAGAAUGCAAAUGCAGCGGAGGACACAGGGAUAUGUGAGCAGAGUGGCGACCUGAGUCUGUGCAGACUCGUUGAUGCUGCUCUCCCUCCAUCCUCACCUCGUCCUGCCACAGAGACUUCACAACAGGCCUGCCCACCACACCAGAGGACCAUGCCUACAUCAGCAACCCUGGCCCUCCCCCUUGGCACUGAUCCCUCUCUGGGCCUGACAGAAGCCCCAUCCCCUCCCUCCCAUGAAGCUCCAACUGUAGUCCCCCAUCUUCACCACGCUCCCAGUCCCACAUCACUUCCCACCCCGGCUGUAAGCUCCUGGAGCCCAACAAGAGAUACCGAGAAGACUUCCCUUCCACUGCCCGUUGCCAUUCCUCUGUCAGCUACAAUGAUGGAGCCUGGCACUGUUUCUGCCCUGACAGAGGAGUGUCUCCUUCAGCCGACCCGCACAUGUCUUGGCUGCUUCAUUGAGACUCGUGAUGCCACUGACCGUAAUUCCAUCCAAAACUCACCCCAUGAUCCUAAUACCAACCCUGAUUCAGACACUGGGCUAAGUGUACGGAUAGGGGAUGUGAGCCGAGAGGACUUCUCUGACAUCAACAACAUCAGCAUCCAGUGCCUGAGCCAUGCGGGGGAGGCAGUGAGUCACUACGGAGAACAGCUCCUCUCUGACCAGCUACUUAGCUUUCCUCUGCAGAAAGCCCCAGGUGAGGGCAAGAGAGUGGAUGGAAACAAAACAACAGAGGACUGCGAUGACCCAGAGGAUGAUGCAACAGCUAAGAACUUGUAUGAGGGACUGUUACUGGACAAAGUGAGUGGAGAGGAGGUUCUGCUGGCUAAUGCUGGCCAGGACUGGGGCUACUUUGAAUCUUUCAUCAGUGAGAGUAAGAUGGAACUGCUGGACCUUUGUUCUAAGAAUGAGCUGUCAGUCAACCUCUUUUCUGAGGAAGAUGUUGACAAUCUAUUUGAUGAUGAAGAUGAUGACUCUACUUUAAGCAGUGACGUUUGUUCAUUGAAGAUUCGUUAUGAGUCUUUUCAGGAUAACAUGAGGGAAAAAACAAAUGUGCUCCAGGAGGAGACCCAGUUCAACUUUUUCCCCAGUGUCCUGGCCAACUGUGCCAAGAAAGAAGAUGGAGGGGGAGUCUUGAGGAGGAGCGCUGAGGAGCUUCAGCCCAAAACUGACGAGCUCAUCCUGGAGACGGGACAGGAGGAAAAGGCUGGGGACUGCAGUGGCAGGAGCCCACUUGAUGGCUCCCAAGGCUCACCCAUGUCAACUCCCAAAGUCAACUACCUAAUGGACUUCAAUUCAACGGAGGAGUCAGGCGAAUUCAGUGAUGACAGCUCCUGCACUGGCUCCUCCUCAGACACCCUGCAGGAGGGCAAAUUUAAGAAAGGCCACUCCAAAAGAUUCCUCAGCCCCUCCAAUCCUCUCAACUAUGGCUUACGCUCCAAGAGAAAGGUUCGAUACAGUGAUGAUUACUUGUAUGAUGUUGACUCGCUUGAGAGUGAGAAGAAUGCAGAGAAAAAAGAGAAAGCUCCAUCUGGUCAGAAAGAGGAGGAGGAUGUAGACUGGUGCCCCAAAAAACGGCGGAAAUCAUGCCGUAAAGAGCCACCUGUGGUUAUCAAGUACAUCAUCAUCAACAGGUUUAAAGGAGAGAGACUCAUGUCAGUGAAACUGGGCAAGAUGGACACUGUGGAUGCUACUGUGAGCUUAAAUGCCGACACAGUAAGCAAAUAUGAGACACUGGCUCCUCUGAAGGAUUUCUGGCAGGAGAGGCAAAGAGAGAGACAGGAACAGCUUAAGCUGGCUGCCAGAGAUAAACAACAACGUGGUUUUCAUCUAAACGGACGCCAUCAUCGCCCUUUUAAUUCUAGUCAUCCCAAAAGGAAAUACAAGAUUGCAAACAGGCUUAAGGUUCAGAGGAUUCACACUGUGGAGCAAUCAGCAACAGCACAGGGCUCCCCUCUCUCUGAUCAGAGCCAUGGAGGUGUCACUAAAGAGGCGGCCACCCCCACGGUAGGGGGAAUAAUAGCAGCCCCAGGCCUCCCAGUCACAUUAGACACAAACUCCAUCACGCACACAGUCACAGCCAAGAGCCGCUCCCAGGAGAGGGAGGAGAGGGAGGGGAGGAGAUUGGGAGGAAAUAAAACAGUCAGGAUAAGGAAAUUCAAAAGCGAAGCCAGGCUGAGGAGCAAGAAAAUGAAAGAGGCAGAAGGAGAGGAGGGGAGGAGCGUGACAAAUGAAACGGAUGCCUGUGUCACUGCAGCACAGACUGAGGACCCUACUACUGGGUUAGAAGAGGCAGGAAUGAGCUCAACUACAGUCAAACCCCAUUUCUCUGACAGUGCCACCACAGCUCACACAUCCGAGGAGAAAUUCCCCUUUGUUUCGUCCACUGGCUCUCCUGACAAAGCUCCCUCCUCUGAGGAGGUGGAGGCGGGUGUCCCUGUCAUCCCAGGGGGCUACCUACAGACCCUGUUAGAUGCCACGGACUCCUCCAGUGGAGCAACUAUCUCUUAUUUCCCCCAGCAGCCCUCUCGGCAGCAGUAUCCUCUGGGACUGUCCCUAGAGGAAAAACAGUUUUCUUCUUUGCAGCUGGCUCAGAGCUGCGUCCUAUCUCCUCCCUCUGAGUCUGAGCUCCAGCAGUCUCCCCAGAACUGCCCCAGCUUUCCCCAGAUGUGGCACCCACAGCUUUGCGCAAGUCACAGCCAGAACUUUGGGCCUGAGACCCCUGAGACUCCCAUCUUAAACAACAACUUCCCAGCUGCUGUGCCCCUGAAUGACAACCUACCAGUGUCUAACUACAGCCAGCUGAGCCCUGAGGCUGACAGGCUGCUUUAUGAGAAGAGCUACCUGACUGACACUGGGCUGCAGACUGGGGCAGAUCUGCAAGUGUGUCAGUCUGCCUGUGUGGAGGGUCAGGUGCAAUACCAGAGAGGGUCCCUAUGCACAGACAAUGGCAGGCUCAUCAGCUAUGACUCAGUGGGCUCUCUGUCAGCCUCCUCCAGCAAUUACAGCUCCCUCAGCCUCAAAUCUUGUGAGCGAGAGGGUGAGGAGGAGGGCAGAGAUAGCUUCUUAGCACAUUGCAGUCCUAAAGUGGUGAUUCAGCAAAGUGUGGAUGCCCUUACCCCACUCAGGGAGUCCUCAGACCUGCUGGAUAUCUCCAACUUCACCCCUGACAAAUUUAGACACUCAUCAUUGUCAGAGCUUUCUCCUCCUGAGACCCCCAACCUGUCCCCCCAGGUGGUGGGGCGGGAGAUGAAGAUGGCAGGGAACGUUGGAGAAUACCAGGAUGUGAAUGAUAUGACUAUGGAAUGCAGGGAGGUAAAGUGGAACUGUGACGUUAUGCAGCAACAGGAGCCCACAGCAAAUGCAUACACAGUGGAAGACAACCAGUUUCCGCUGCACAACUUUAACAGUCAGGAUGUCUUAUGUUUAGAUAAAAAGGAGCUGGGUGUUACAAAAUUUGAAGAACAGACUGGUGAGAUGGUUGGUGCAAAAAGCAUUAAGUCAAAGAGGAAAGGUAAUUACAAACAGGCAGCUGCAGGACAGAGCCAAAAGAAAGCCCGGGCCCCCAGAGCUGCCAAGUCAGAAAAGGUGAAGACCCCCAAACAGAACUCACGUUCUACCAAAAAGAUAAAGGCCAUGUUAGAGGGUAAGGCAGCAAAGAACCAGGCAGGUGGCUGUGGCACAGGCCUGACUGAUAGUAGCAGCACUGGAGACUGGUCUGGCACCGGCUGGUCAGAGAGCAACAGUCUGGUAGGGGACGACCAGAGAGAAUUUGAAGAGCCCUCUAAUAUUCUGUCCAACAUUGUCUCUGGCAUGGCUGAGGUCCAGAGGUUUAUGAUGGCUUCUAUUGAGCCACUGUGGAAUCCCAUGUCUGAGGCCUGCAUGCCCUCUGAGGCCAAUAACCUCAACCUAAAGACCCUCAAAAUCUUGGCAGGCACAGAGGCUGAUCUGAAGAAAAAAGGAGCCGCGCUAACAGGGGCUGGGAGAGGCAGAAAGGCAGGGGGAAAGGGAGGAAAGAACCAGGCCAAAUUCAACCCCUCGCAUCCCUUAUUCCCUCAACUAGCUCUGGGCUGUAACAUGUUUGAUAAACCCAACUUUAUUAACCCUGGGCCUGCACACAAAAAGCUGUACCGCCACAAGACCAGUGCAAAGUUCCCUCGGAUUGAGACACUGAAGGGGAAGCGAGCUGAGAGAGACCCAAAUAAGGACAUUGCACUGAUGACCUCUUUUGAGAAACUGAGGUAA